AUGAAAGGAAAAAUAAAUUACGGGCGAUCUGAGGUCGGAAAGGGGGAGGGGCCGCGAAACGGAAAUUCUAUUUUUCCUAAUUAUCGUUGUGAUGCUAAGGACGAGGAAGGCCGGCAGUGUUACAAUGGUGAAUUAUCUGUCGUCCUCAUUCGUGUAUACGAAGAUAGCGAACCUGAUACUUUGGCUGUAUGCCGAUGUGAGCGGCUGAGGUUGCUCGCUGCCGAAGGUGGCGAGCAUCAAGUCGAAGCUGCGGAGGGGAGCAUGAGUGCCUGUGAGCCUUUGUUACGCAAGGCCGGAGGGGCUGCUAAUCCCGCAGCGCCGGAGAUGAUGCGGAAGUAUGGUUUACCAUAUGGUGCUAUAGUGAUCCUGACUGCCUUGCUUCUACCAGAGCCUACGUACCUCGGACCUGAGCAUGUGACUUACUUCAGAGGACCGGAGACAUUGGAAGAAGAACUAAAGAGAAAUAAAGAGCUAUGGAAAGGGCUAUGCUCGGGAGUAUCCCUGAAGGACCGCAUCAGAAAUGAUGUAAUCCGACAGAGAAUCAGAGUCACCGACAUAGCCCACCGAAUUAGCAAACUGAAGUGGCAGUGGGCUGGUCACAUUAGCCGCAGAACUGACGGCCGUUGGAGCCGGAAAGUUCUUGAGUGGAGACCGCGACUCGGUAAACGUAGUGUGGGACGACCUGAGACAAGAUGGGAUGAUGACAUUCGUAGGUUGGCUGGAGUGGGCUGGAUGAGAGUGGCAGAAAACGGGGAGCAGUGGCGCACUACCUGGUUGAUAUGCCUGUACGCUGCAUGGCACCCCGCCUGCGUCAACUUCGCACCGGUCUUCGCUGAGCUAUCGGCCUCAUACAACCUCGACAACCUGAAGUUCGGCAAGCUGGACGUGGGCAGGUACCCAGAAGCGGCGGCCAAAUACCGCGUCCAAGAUGGCCCCGCUAGUCGGCAACUACCCACGGUACUGUUGUUCACAGCAUCCGCUGAACAGAUGAGAAGACCUAACGCUGACAGCACUGGCAAGUUGCAGAAAUUCCUAUUCUCCAAAGACAAUAUGAAGGCUGCCUUCGAUCUGGACGGCAUCUACCAGGAGUGCAAGGAGAAGCUAGCUUCAUCUAAGAACAAGAAGAAAUCCGAAUAAACUUUUACGGUAUAAGUGAAAUUACUAUUAUAUAAAUCGCGAAUAUCGAGGCGACACUAGCGCCGUGCGGCCAUCAAGUGAACUAAUUCAAUAUGGCGGGAGUUUU